AUGUCACGCUUGAGGAAGGACGUCAAAAGUUUGACAUUAAAUCAAGGAAGGCGGAAAGACUAUGAUCCAGAAGACGAGCGCCCCACGAGUGAGGACGAGUCGGCAAGUGGCACAGAUGUGGAAGAUGUGGUCAAUGGUCGCGAGCACUAUGAAAGUGUUGGAAAGAGCAUAUUAAGGAAGCCAGAAGCCCCUGCCUUGGAUGCGAAGUACGGCGGAGUUGUUAUCAGCAGAACGACUCUUGGAGACGAAAGCGAUGACGACCCAUUCGCGCCUGACAAAGAUGGCUUCGACGAUGAGGAUCCCUUUGCUGUUCCCGAAACUGGAACUGGCAGUGCUUCAGAAAUAGAUAGUAUGGACAGUCAUGAGUUCCUGCCUGGCAAGCUGAACGAAAGAGCCGGCGAUACCAGCGAGAACGAAACCGUUGAGUCAAAGGACGACCAGGAUCAGCUGUCCGACCAGGAUAUGGAGCUCGCAGAAGGCUCGGAAAGCACAGGGGAUGAGGACGAAAACGAAGACACAGACGAGUUGUCUGCCGAAGAAGGGAGCAGGGCCCUGAGUCCACAGCAGCAAAAGCGAGCAGACUUGCGAGCUCUGUUAUCAGGUCAAGCGCAAUCGCUUGCCUCAGGUCUUUCGCAAGCUACUAACGCUGAUGUGAAGAAAGGUCGAGCAGUCAAGAAGCAAUACCAGACUUUCGACCGUUUGCUAGACUGUCGAAUGAAAAUCCAGAAAGCACUGAAUACACCUGCACAUCUACCUACACAACAAGAUACACAUCCACUCUCUUCCAAGGCCGAGGAAGCGUUUAGAGGCGCGCAACAGGCUGCGUUAAAUUUGUUCAACACAAUGUCCUCAUUUCGAGACAGCAUUAAGGAAAUACCUGCGACUGGAAAUACUUCUAAGAAGAGGAAGAGACUGCCGAAAUAUGAGAGCCUAGACGAUCUAGACUCAAUGUGGUCCGCACUCAACGACCACGAGCUCGGCGCACAAGCCUCGCGUCGUACAGUACUCGACAAGUGGUCCAACAAAGUAAAAGCGUCAGAUCCUACAAGAGCGACCGCAAACGCAAGGUACAAAAACCUUGACCCAACCGCUCACAACGACAACCUCACGAAGAUCUUAGACACCUAUGUUAUUAACGAGCAAGAAAAACAUUUUAGAUCCGAUGAAGCGCAGCAACAAGAACACUCCGAAGCCUCGUCGCUGCCAUACGACGACAGUCUCUUCUAUCAGUCACUUCUACGCGAGCUAAUAGCCUCUCGCGCUAACGCCUCCUCGGCUGGCGACAACCUCUCGCUGUCUGCUCUACCGCACAAGCUUCAUCCUUCGGGUAACAAGCAGAAUAAGAAGACUAUCGAUACCAAGGCGAGUAAAGGGCGCAAAGUAAGGUAUACUGUCCAUGAGAAGCUGCAGAACUUCAUGGCUGCCGAGGGUGAUACUGGCCGAGAUACCGCUAUGUGGUCAGAAAGGGGUAAGAACGAGUUUUUUGGUAGUUUGUUUGGGCAGGAUCGUGCUCUUAUCGAGGACGAAGAUGAACCGAUGGACAAUCAAGAAAAUGGAAACCUUGCCGAAGUUGAGGCGUUGAGGUUGUUCAGGACUUGA